AUGUUGAUUCAAGAGACUCAUAAAGAUGUGGCCACCAAGGCUGACGGCAAAGACGGAUCUAUGAGGAUUUUCCUCUUCCACCCCUCUAUCCCGAACUAUCCCAAUGCCCGCUUUCCUGGUGUUGUGUGUUUCAGUGAGAUUUAUCAAGUCACCGGCCCAGUAGCACGUUUCGCUCGCCAAAUUGCUGGCCAAGGAUACAUCGUAGCCGCACCCUCCUCCUACCACGAGUUCACAGGCCCGGAAGCCCUGGCCUACGAUGGUCCCGGCACAGACGCAGGAAACGAGUACAAGGUCAAAAAGACCCUCGCCGGCUACGACGAAGACUCCUCCCUAGCCAUCACCACCCUCCUUUCUUUAAAAACCUGCACCGGCCGCAUCGGCUCCACAGGUAUGUGUCUCGGCGGCCACCUCGCCUACCGCUGUGCCCUGGACCCGCGCAUCUCCGCAGCCGUAACAUAUUUCGCCACCGACCUGCACAGCGCCACUCUCGGGCUAGGCAAAAAAGACGACAGCCUCGCCCGCGCGAGCGAGAUGAAAGCCGAGCUGGCCAUGAUCCAUGGCACGUUGGACAACCACGUGCCAGCUGAGGGACGAGAUGUGAUUCGGAAGACAUUGAGGGAGAAGGGGGUAAUUUUUAGCUGGUAUGAAGUUGCGGGGGCACAGCAUGCGUUUAUCAGGGAUGAACUCUCAAAGAAUCGAUAUGAUCCUGCUAUCACCAAGAUCUGCUUUGAGAUUCUUCUGGAGCUGUUUGGUCGUACGUUGAAGCUGGACCUGGGGGCUCAUGAUGGCGUUGAGCAGAAGAUUGAGGACAUCUGCUAA